AAUAAAAUGCUAGGAACCCAUUGAGAUACAGAGAGAGAGAGAGAGGAGAGAGUGUUUGGGUUAGAGAGAGAAAAUGGGGUGAAGAAUGGCGGAUGGGGGGUUUGCAAUCACAGUUGAUGAUGAUGAUGAUGAGAACCCAUGUUCAGAUUUCAUUAUUUCUGGUAGUUUUCAUGCUGUAUUGUUAUGGGAUUGAGGAGAUCAAGUGUUUCUCUGAUUUGGAGGCCAUUGAAGUUGGAGCUGCAUUUGCUACAUAACUGUUGAUUUGGGCUCAAAUGAGUAAAAUCAUGCAAUACUGAGCUCCAAAGCUGCUCUAAAUUCGGUUGUGGUAGAAAAUACCGAGUUUUGAUACUGGCCUGGGUCCAUUACCUGGAUUUUUGUUACUGGUACAAGGACCGGGAACUUGCAAGGUCAAAACCAGUUCUAUUUUUGUUCAUUGCUGGAGUCAUGGCGACAAUGCUGCAUUCUGAGUCCAGGCGCUUGUAUUCUUGGUGGUGGGACAGUCACAAUAGCCCAAAGAAUUCAAAAUGGCUUCAGGAAAAUCUUAAAGAUAUGGAUGCCAAAGUCAAAGCAAUGAUCAAGCUCAUUGAAGAAGAUGCAGAUUCCUUUGCCAGAAGGGCAGAAAUGUACUACAAAAAACGGCCCGAGCUCAUGAAACUGGUUGAGGAGUUCUACCGAGCAUACCGUGCCUUGGCAGAAAGGUAUGAUCACGCAACGGGGGAGCUCCGCCACGCCCAUCGAACCAUGGCAGAAGCAUUUCCUAACCAAGUCCCGUUUGUACUGUCUGAUGAUUCACCUUCGGGAUCUUCAGCACAUGAACGUGAACCUCACACGCCUGAACUGCCACAUCCAAUUCGUGCAUUGCUCGACCUAGAUGAUUUGCACAAGGAUGCAAAGGGUUUGAAACAGCUACACGAGAUGUUUGGGGCCAGAGAAGUAGCACUCGAAAAUUCAAGGGAUGGCAGAGAAAAAAAACUGGAUGAUGAAGUCUUGCAGUUAUCGGAUGAGAAUCAGAACCUCAAGAAUAAGGUCCAUUCUGAGGUUGAACGUGCAAGUAGAGCGGAAACUGAAAUUGAAAACUUAAAGAAAGCCCUUGUUGAUUUGCACGCCGAAAAGGAGGCUGUCCUGCUUCAAUACCAGCAGAGUACGGAGAAAUUGUCAAAUCUGGAGGGAGAACUCAAUCGUGCACAAAUGAAUUCCCGGGGACUCAAUGAACAAGCAGGCAAAGCUGCAGCUGAAGUUCAAACACUGAAGGAAGUCCUUGUUAAAUUAGAGGCCGAAAGGGAUACGAGUUUUCUUCAACACAAGGAGUUUUUGGAAAGGAUAUCUAAUUUGGAGUCUACGAUCUCACAAGCCCAAAAGGAUGCACAAGGACUCAACGAGCGAGCUAUUAGAGCUGAAAUCGAAGCUCAGUUCCUCGAAAAAGAACUUUCUAGAUUAGAGACUGAAAAAAAUGCUGGUCUUCUCCAAUACAAGCAGUGUCUUGAGAAAAUAUCUGAUUUGGAGAAAAAAUCCUCAGUUGCUGAGGAGGAAGCAAUAGUGCUUAAUGAGAGAGCCGAUAGAGCUGAAACUGAAGUGAGGGAACUGAAAAAAUCUCUUGCCGAAAUAAACGAGGAGCAAGAAGCUGCUGCUCGUCGGUAUGAGCAUUGCUUGGAGAAAAUAUCUAAGCUGGAAAGUGAACUCUCUUGUGCUCAAGAGGAAAUCAGAUGCCUUAACAGUGUGGUUCUGAUCGAGACUGCAAAACUCAAGAGUGCUGAAGAACAGUGUGUUCUGUUGGAGACGUCAAAUCAAUCCCUGCGGUUAGAGGCGGAAAACCUAGUGAAGAAGAUAGCAAUGAAAGAUCAACAACUUUCUGAGAAGCAUGAGGAGUUGGAAAAGCUUCAGGCUUGUGUACAAGAUGAGCAAUUGCAUUUCGUGCAAGUUGAAGCCACUCUCCAAACUUUGCAGAAUUUGCACUCUCAAUCUCAACAGGACCAGAACGCUUUAGCAUUGGAGCUUAAGAAUGGGCUUCAAAUGUUGAAGGACUUGGAAAUAAGCAAACAUGAUUUGGAGGAAGAAAUUCGGCAAGUUAAGGAUGAGAAUAGGAACGUGAAUGAGCUGAAUUCAUCAUUCGCCAUUUCAGUGGAGAAUCUGCAAAGUGAAAUCCUGAAAUUGAGGGAGAUGAAGGAAAGACUCGAGGAGGAGGUUGGACUACAAAUGGGUCAAACUAAUUCCCUCCAGGAAGAGAUUUCUCGUCUGAAAGAGGAAAUCAAGGACUUGAAUAAGGGAUAUCAGGCUUUAAUGGAGCAAGUGGAGUUGGUAGGUUUGAACCCAGAAUGUAUUGCGUCAUCCGUGAAAGAUUUGCAGGAUGAGAACACAAAGCUGAGACAGAUUUGCAAGGAGGACAGAGAUGAUAAAGAAGCUCUUUUCAAGAAAUUGGAGAACAUGGAACAACUUUUAGAUAAGAAUGUCAUUUUGGAGAGUUCGCUGUCAGAUUUGAGCAGUGAGUUGAAAGGGUCACAAGCAAAUGUCGAGGCAUUGCAAGAGUCUUGCCAAUCUCUCCAUGGUGAAAAAUCUGCCCUUGUUUCUGAGAAAGCAGCCCUUCUGUCUCAGUUACAAAUUAUUACUGAGAAUAUGCAGAAGAUCCUGGAGAAAAGCACCGUUCUUGAGAAUUCCCUCUUUGGUGCAAAUGUUGAACUUGAAGGUCUGAGGGAAAAAUCAAAGAGCUUAGAAGAACUCUGCAAGUCGCUGAAUAAUGACCAGUCUAAUCUUAUUGCUGAAAGAGGUACUUUGGUUGCUCAGUUGGACAAUGUUGAGCGGAGACUAGAAAACCUGGAAAUGAGAUUUGCAGUAUUGGAACAAAAAUACACUGGCAUGGAAAAGGAGAAAGAAUCCACGCUAUCUCAAGUGGAAGAACUAAAGGUGUCUCUAGGUGUAGAAAAACAAGAGAGGGCAAGUUUUGCAUUGUCAAGUGGGGCACGAUUGGCUUGUCUGGAAAACCAUAUCCAACUCUUGCAAGAAGAAACUAGGUGGAGGAAGAAAGAAUUCGAAGAAGAACUUGAUAAAGCUAUGAAUGCCCAGUUUGAGAUCUUUGUCUUACAGAAGUUUAUACAAGACAUGGAACAAAAGAAUUACACUCUAUUGAUGGAGUGUCAGAAACAUGUCGAGGCGUCCAAAUUGACGGAGAAACUGGUUUCGGAGUUGGAGAGUGAAAAUCUUGAGCAGCAGGUGGAAGCAGAACUCUUGUUAGAUGAAAUUGAAAAGCUAAGGAUGGGUAUAUAUCAAGUGUUCAAGGCUCUUGAAAUUGGUCUAGAUAAUGAACUGGACGAUGAGAUUGCAAAUGAGAAAAUAUUUGUGCAUCAUGUUAUAGAGAAUAUUGAGGAUAUGAAAUGUUCUCUCUCGAAUUACGAGGACGAGAAGCAGCAGCUGUUGGUUGAGAACUCUGUUCUUCUUACUCUGGUUGGGCAACUGAGAUUAGAAGGUGUGGAAUUUGGGUCAGAGAAGAAAAUCUUAGAGCAGGAGUUCGAAGCCAUGACUGAGCAGCUUGUGAUGGUGCGAAAUGAGAAGCACGGGCUUCUAGAGAUAAACAGACAGUUGAAAUCAGAAGUGAAAAUGGGAGACCAACAUGCAAACAUGGUUAAGGCUGAAAUGGAGCGGCUAUGUGUGCAGCAAGGAGAUUUGCAGAGGGCUUACCUUAAAUUACAGGGCGACUAUUCUCAAGUGCUUGAAGAAAACAGGUCUUUGUUGAAAAAUCUCUCGGAGCUAAAGGAAGAGAAAUGCAUGGCAGAAGAGGAAAACAAUUUUAUUCUCUUGGAAACAUUGGCUCUUGAUAACCUUUCGGUGGUUUUCAAGAACUUUGGAACUGAAAAAUCUGUGGAACUAAAAUUUCUCUCUGAAGAUAUGCACAAUCUUCAUGGGGUCAAUAGUGACCUUGAAAAGGAGGUUGGUGUAUUGGGAGGGGAAUUAGAAAUGAAAGAAAUGGAAAAUUUACUUCUCAAAGAUUCAAUGAGGAAGUUGGAGGAGGAGCUGCAUGAGGUCACAGAUUUCAAUAAUCAAUUGCGGCACGAAAUCUCAAUGGGAAAGAAUUUCUUGUGUCAGAAGGAAAUCAAGCUUUUGGAAGCAGAGGAGAAGCUUAAAGCUACAGAGGAUCUGAAUUCAGAAUUGUGCAGAACUGUGGAAGGACUGAAGAAGCAACAUGAGGAAUCAAUACUCACGAGGGAAAAUUUAGAAAAGCACAUUUUUGAAGUAUCUGAAGAAAAUACAAGCCAGAACAAAGAAAUCGAAUGCCUUCGUGAAGUUAAUGGAAACUUAGAUUCUGAACUGGGUAUAUUACGGGAAGAUGUUGAAGUACACAGAAUUAGAGAAGAGAACUUGAGUUCGGAGCUGCAAGAGAUAGGCAACGAUUUUGAAAUGUGGGAGGCUGAGGCUGCAACAUUCCACUUUGAUCUUCAAAUCUCCAACAUCCGUGAAGUUUUGUUUGAAAAUAAGUUUAACGAGCUUACUGGAGUAUGUGAAACUCUUGAAAACGAAAAUGCUUCUAAGACAGUUGAGAUAGAACAGAUGAAAGAAAGAGUUAGCUUCAUGGAGACUGAAAUUGGAGGCCUUAAGGCUCGGUUAUUUGCAUAUGCUCCUGCCAUAGAUUCUCUGAGAGAUAACAUAGCAUCACUUGAGCACAAUAUCCUCUCUCCGCCAGAGCUUAACAUUGCUGACAAUCAAGAACAAAAGGAUGUGGAAUUGGUUCAUUAUCAUGAGAAAAGCUGUCAAGAACCGAUGCAAGAUCAUAACCCUGCGAUACCGAACAGAAUUCCAGAAUUGCAGAAUUUACAGACUAGGAUCAAAGCAGUUGAAAAGGUUGUAACAGAAGAGAAGAAAAGGCUGGUGAUGCAGAAAAGCUUAAACACCAACAUCAAGCUAGACGCUGCUUUGAAAGAGUUCGAAGAGUUGAAAUCCGACUACAGUGUCAGUCUAAAAAAAGACAAACAAAUGGCAGAGAUGGAGCUUCGAGAUGAGCUCGUUGACAGACUCAAGUUGCAGAAAACAAAACCGGAAAUUUCUGAAGUGAGGAAUGGGAUUCUGAUGAAAGAUAUUCCACUUGAUCACGUUUCAGAUGGUUCGUUGUAUGGAAUAAGCAGGAGAAGGAAUCGUGGGGCUGAUGAUCAGAUGCUUGAGUUAUGGGAAGCUGCUGAAGAUGGCUGUGGUCUUGAUCGAACACUCAAAGAGUCACACAAGCAAGCAAACAAACCAACAGAGGAUGAUACUUCGUGCCAAGAGUUUGAGCAUGCAGAGCACAAGAAUGAAAAUCACUCUUCGGAGUUACAAGUUGAGAAGGAGUUGGGUGUUGAUAGAUUAGAGGUACCCACGUGUGUUCCUGAGCCACAUCAGGAUCGAAACAAGAAAAAGAUCUUGGAGAGACUCAAUUCAGAUGCUCAGAAGCUGAAGAACCUUAUGAUAACAGUAGAAGACCUGAGAAGGAAAUUGGAGAUGAACAAGAAGAGAAAAAAGGCGAAGAGCAUUGAUUUUGAGACAGUGAAGGAACAGUUGCAGGAAGUUGAGGAAACUAUCGUGCAGCUCGUGGAGGUUAACGGUCAACUGUCACAAAAUAUCGAAGAGAGUCCAUUGCAUAUGGAUGGAAAUGCUUCACCAGAGUUGGAAGAGGCCGGGGAUGUCCAAAGAAAAAGAGUCUCGGAACAGGCACGAAAAGGGUCUGAAAAGAUCGGACGGUUGCAAUUGGAAGUUCAAAAAAUCCAUUACGUCUUGCUGAAACUAUUGGAUGAAAAGAAAAACAAAGAGAGAAGCCGAUUUUCCAGGAGCAAAACAACCAUUAUCCUGAGAGACUUCAUUCACAGUGGGAGAAGAAGUAGCCCACGACGGAAAAAGGCCGGUCUUUGUGGGUGUUUCAGACCUCCAACCAAUGGAGACGGUAACAAUAUUAGCUUGUUUAGUUAAAUUAGCUCUGAAUAAUCAGUAAUUAGUCCUUGAAACGUUCCUUUUACUAUGUUAGAAGUGAUCAUUUCUUGAAUUUCUUGGUAGAAACUGUUCCGUCUUUAGGUCAGAGGAUCUGUAUGAAUUAGAUCUAAUCUAAUUUAAAUAAUCUUCUCCUUAUGAGCCUCUUUUUUCAACA